AUGCCGUUACGCUUCAGGGCCUGCACAAGUUUGAAGGGCCUGUUCAAACGCGGGGUGUUGCCUUACCCGCCAGCCCUUGCAGACGUUGCACACCCGGCCAUACCUCUGGAGGUGCCCCUCGAGGAGGAGACGCUCCCAUUCUACAAGCCCAAGCAGUACUACCCGGUCCGCAUUGGAGAUCUGUUCGUGGCCAGAUAUCAGGUCGAGGGGAAGCUUGGGUACGGCGCGUACUCGACAAGCUGGCUCUGUCGGGACCUCCAGCACAACAGGUUCGUAGUUGUAAAGGUUUCCACCUCGCUGCGAGACCUGCCCACUGCCACCUACCGCGAGCUCGAGAUAUACCGGCGUCUCGCCAAGGUGAGCUCGUCACACCCGGGCCAGUCGUUGAUUCGAGAGAUGCACGAUGCCUUCGAGCUUCGGGGGCUCGCUGGCAGUCAUCAAUGCCUCGUGCUUCAGCCAAUGUACAUGUCUCUUCUCCAGAUGAUGGCCCCGACCUGGAAGCCCUUUGACCUGCCUUUGCUCAAGAUGACGCUGAGGCGGCUUCUAUCCGCUCUGGACUUUCUGCACUUGGAAGCUGGCAUCGUCCACACCGAUAUCAAGACGGAUAAUGUCAUGCUGAGCCUCGACGACGAUACCGUGCUUGCCGAUUUUGUGAAAGCAGAAGCCCAGGACCCAAGCCCGCGAAAGACGGUUGACGAGUCGACGGUGAUAUACAAGAGCCGUCGGUUCCGCAGCCCGUCCCGGGGCAAAAGCUAUGGACUCCCUGCCCUCUGUGAUUUCGGCGAGGCAAGGAUCGGAAAGGCGCAUUGCUCGGGGCCCUUUGUCCAGCCGCAUAUUUACAGGGCGCCCGAGGUCAUCUUUGAGAUGGCGUGGGGAAGCGCCGUCGACAUCUGGAACCUGGCGUGUUUGAUUUGGGAUCUUUUUGAGGGCAAACACUUGUUUGGAGCCAUAUUUGAUGCCAAAGGCGCCCAUGACCCGUUCAAGCACCUGGCUUUGAUGGUUGCCCUGAUUGGUCCGCCGCCGAGCGACUUCGUGCAGCGCAGUGAGACGGCGAACCAAUGUUUCGAUACCAGUGGACAUUGGAUUGCCCACGAGGACGCCUUGGUCCCCGUCGUCUGGCUUGACAGUCUCGAGCAGCGAUUAUCGGGACAGGAGAAGGCGCGUUUCAUUCAAUUCAUGCGGUCAAUGCUGUCAUGGUUGCCCGAGAAUCGCAAGACUGCGAAAGAACUCUUACAAGAUCCUUGGCUGCUCUGA